AUGCAAGGCCCACGGCGCCCCUGCCUCGAACAAACCACGCGGGCGGGCUCUGCCGGUAGCCCGCCAAACUUCCGGAGUCUCGCACCGCCUCUUCGGAGCUCAUGGGAGAUUAACCACAUGCUUGAGACCGAAGAAGGAUUUUUAGACGUUCACCGCACUUUUGUCCUCGGCCGAAGUUUCCUAGGCGAGUUUCAGUCCACAGUGCGGCGACUGUUCGCCCGGUCUCCACAGGUCCUCGCUGAUGGGUAUUCCGUCGCCUUGAAGCCGCUGCGUUCCCGGCAUGUAACAUCGCGAGGCCUCGACUCUCAUGAUCUGGCGAUCGGAUCCCAUUGCCUAAGGCAGUUGAUGGAUGGGUCCUCCUCAAUAACACAGUUGGAGGACGCGGCGGUGCUUCUGCUGCUGGGGCAGGCCCUGCUUGUGUUCAACACAUUGAUGCCGUCUCCAGACACCCAUGUGAUUACGCGAGGCACAUUGCUGAGCGUUAAGCAUUGGUACCCAGCUCUGAUCAAGCGGCCUUACCUGGACGCCGUGGUGCUGACGCCUGUUUUAAUGGACACGGUCGAGUGCCUGAUUCGGCGAGAGGUGCCAGUUGUCCGGCUCCCAGACCCCAGCCGCUGUAUCAUUGACAGGUUCCUGGGGUUGCGCUCUUCUCUACUUCCGCUUCUCUAUGAGCUAUGUGAGCGGAGUUACGAGGCUAAGACUAAUGGAUGUGUGGAGCACAUACUGCAACGGAAAUCUGACGAAGAGGAUUGCUACUCUAGGGUGGAAGGCAAGAUACGUGCCUGGGCUCCCGAACUGCCCGCACACCUUUUCAUAACGUACUCGACUUUGGAGGUCAGUAUGAUGUUGGCGCAGGCCCGGACCUACCGCAUGGCGGCUCUGCUACUUAUCCACCGCCUUCGUUUUCCGCUCGGCAUUGAGGAUCUUGAGGCCCAGCGCUAUGCGGAUGACAUACUGCGGGAGCUGUCCAUCCUAACUGCAUGGCCUCCCGAAGCAGAAACUGGACUCGGUCUGGACUUCCCCUUACUAGUCGCCACAUUGGAGCUGCCCGGUCCCGGUUCGAAGAUAUACAAAGCCUUCGAGUCGCUCAGGUUCCGGCGGCAGCACUCUCAGGAGAUCCUAAGCUUCAUCAAGGCCGUGGACCAAGCGCGAGAAAACGGAUAUCGUGGCUUGUGGUUUGAUUUGGUACAUGACCGGUUGCAUGGUCUUACCGUGACAUAG